AUGCUGUCUUUCAGGACCGUGCUGGCCAUUGCAGGAGAAGACUUCUCCAUCGUCGCCUCGGACACGCGGCUGAGCGAGGGCUACGCGAUUCACAGCCGGGACAGCCCCAAGUGCUACAGACUGACAGACAAAACAGUCAUUGGAUGCAGCGGUUUCCAUGGUGACUGCCUUACUCUUACUAAAAUUAUUGAAGCAAGAUUAAAGAUGUACAAGCAUUCCAAUAACAAGACCAUGACCACUGGGGCUAUUGCAGCAAUGCUCUCCACAAUCCUGUAUUCGCGGCGCUUCUUUCCAUACUACGUUUACAACAUAAUCGGUGGACUCGAUGAAGAAGGGAAAGGAGUAGUUUACAGCUUUGAUCCAGUAGGGUCAUACCAGAAAGAUAAUUUCAUCGCAGGUGGAUCAGCAACUGCCAUGCUGCAGCCCUUGCUCGAUAACCAGAUUGGCUUCUUGAAUAUGCAAAAUGUGGAACGCGUCCCUCUGACUCUGGAGAAGGCUUUGCAGAUUGUUAAAGAUGUCUUUAUUUCAGCUGCUGAGAGAGAUGUGUACACUGGUGAUGCACUUAAGAUUUGCAUUGUCACAAAAGAGGGAAUUAAAGAGGAAAGCAUCCAAUUACGGAAAGAUUAACUCGGUUCRCUUACAAGCCUGUAAUCUGUAAUCUGUGAUGUGUAACUACCUGUAUUGUGAAGACAUUUGUCUUAUUAAAUUUUUUGAAGAAGUUUGACUAA